GCUCUUAAUGCUUCUGGGCGGAUAAAAGCUAAGUUUGUGCACUUGGUGGGCCGAGGGCUUCGCACCGCGGAAACGCGCAGCGCCGGGGAGGUGUGGAGUGUGCCCGGCUGGCCCCGCAGACGGGCGUGCAGAAACCCCUGCGGUAAUUCUUCCUGCAGGAUGAAUUAAGAGAAGGGGACACUUAAACUCAUCAGGAAUGGAGAGCGGUUUGUCAGUUUCCAAUAUGCAAGACCCUUCAUCUUCACCCUUGGAAAAGCAUCUUGGUUCAGCGAAUGGAAAUGGAGACCUUGAUUCAGAGGAAGGUUCCAGCCUGGAGGAAAUCGGCUUCAACUGGGGAGAGUAUUUGGAAGAAACAGGUGCCAGUGCUGCACCCCACACAUCCUUCAAACACGUCGAAAUCAGCAUUCAAAGCAACUUCCAGCCAGGGAUGAAGUUGGAGGUGGCGAACAAGAGCAACCCGGACACGUACUGGGUGGCCACCAUCAUCACCACGUGCGGGCAGCUGCUGCUGCUGCGCUACUGCGGCUACGGGGAGGACCGCAGGGCCGACUUCUGGUGCGACGUGGUCAUAGCGGAUUUGCACCCCGUGGGGUGGUGCACGCAGAACAACAAGGUGUUAAUGCCGCCGGACGCAAUCAAAGAGAAGUACACGGACUGGACGGAGUUUCUCAUACGUGAUUUGACUGGUUCGAGGACGGCACCUGCGAACUUGCUGGAAGGUCCUCUGCGAGGGAAAGGCCCUAUAGACCUCAUUACAGUUGAUUCCUUAAUAGAACUUCAGGAUUCUCAGAACCCUUUUCAGUACUGGAUAGUUAGUGUGAUUGAAAAUGUUGGAGGAAGAUUACGCCUUCGCUAUGUGGGAUUGGAGGACACUGAAUCCUAUGACCAGUGGUUGUUUUACUUGGAUUACAGACUUCGACCAGUUGGUUGGUGUCAAGAGAAUAAAUACAGAAUGGACCCACCUUCAGAAAUCUAUCCUUUGAAGAUGGCCUCUGAGUGGAAAUGUGCUCUGGAAAAAUCCCUUAUUGAUGCUGCAAAAUUUCCUCUUCCAAUGGAAGUGUUUAAGGAUCAUGCAGAUUUGAGAAGCCAUUUCUUCACAGUUGGGAUGAAGCUAGAAACCGUGAACAUGAGCGAGCCCUUCCAUAUCUGUCCUGCAUCAGUGACCAAGGUUUUUAGCAAUCAUUUUUUUCAAGUGACUAUUGACGACCUACAACCAGAACCUAGUACACUCUCAAUACUGUGCCAUGCGGAUUCUUUGGGGAUUUUGCCAGUACAGUGGUGCCUUAAAAACGGAGUCAAUCUCACCCCUCCCAAAGGUUACUCUGGCCAGGACUUCGACUGGGCAGAUUAUCACAAGCAGCAUGGCGCGGAAGAAGCACCUCCGUUCUGCUUCAGAAAUACAUCAUUCAGCCGAGGUUUCACAAAGAACAUGAAACUUGAAGCGGUGAACCCCAGGAAUCCAGGAGAGCUCUGUGUGGCCUCCGUUGUCAGCGUGAAGGGGAGGCUGAUGUGGCUUCACCUGGAAGGGCUGCAGACUCCUGGUCCGGAGGUCAUUGUUGACGUUGAAUCCAUGGACAUCUUCCCCGUGGGCUGGUGCGAAGCCAAUUCUUACCCCCUGACGACACCACACAAAACAGCCUCACAAAAGAAGAGGAAGAUUGCAGUUGUGCAGCCAGAAAAACAGUUGCCGUCCACAGUGCCUGUUAAAAAAAUACCUCAUGAGCUUUGUUUAUUCCCUCACCUGGACUCGACAGGAACCGUCCACGGGAAGUACUGCUGCCCCCAGCUCUUUAUCAACCACAGGUGUUUCUCGGGCCCUUACCUGAACAAAGGGAGGAUCGCGGAGCUGCCCCAGUCGGUGGGACCCGGCAAAUGCGUGCUGGUUCUCAAAGAGGUUCUUAGCAUGAUCAUCAACGCUGCCUACAAGCCGGGAAGGGCACUAAGAGAACUGCAGCUGGUAGAAGAUCCUCGCUGGAAUUUUCAGGAGGAGACACUGAAGGCAAAGUACCGAGGCAAAACCUACAGGGCUGUGGUCAAGAUCGUACGGACGUCUGAUCAAGUGGCCAAUUUCUGCCGCCGGGUCUGUGCCAAGCUGGAGUGCUGUCCAAACUUGUUCAGUCCUGUGCUGGUUUCCGAAAACUGCCCCGAGAACUGCUCCAUCCAUACCAAGACCAAAUACACCUAUUAUUACGGAAAGAGGAAGAAGAUCACCAAGCCCUCAAUUGGGGAAAGCAACGUGGAAAGCGCACACCCCAAGCCCACCAGGCGGAGGAAGCGGCGGAAAUCCAUCUUUGUGCAGAAGAAACGGAGAUCUUCCGCGGUGGACUUCCCCGCAGGCUCAGGGGAGGAAAGCGAAGAGGAGGACGCAGACGCCAUGGACGAUGACACGGCGAGCGAGGAGACGGGCUCCGAGCUCCGGGAUGACCAGACGGACACCUCGUCCGCGGAGGUGCCCUCGGCGCGGCCCCGCAGGGCCGUCACCCUGAGGAGCAGCUCGGAGCCCGCGCGCCGGCCGCCCGUGGAGAGGGCGCGCAGGGCCCGCAGAGCCCCGGCCGCCGCCGCCGCCGCCGCCGGGGAGGGAGAGAAGUGCGCGCCCGCCAGGCCCCAGGGUGCAGAGGAAGCGAAGCAGGAGGAGGAGGAGAGGCUCGUUCUGGAGAGCAACCCCUUGGAGUGGACGGUCACCGACGUGGUGCGGUUCAUUAAGCUGACGGACUGCGCCCCCUUGGCCAAGAUAUUUCAGGAGCAGGACAUCGACGGCCAGGCCCUGCUGCUGCUCACGCUCCCGACAGUGCAGGAGUGCAUGGAGCUGAAGCUGGGGCCGGCCAUCAAGCUGUGCCACCAGAUCGAGAGGGUCAAAGUGGCUUUCUACACCCAGUACGCCAACUGACCUCUCGGGAGGGCCCGCGGUCGCCGCGAUGCAGUUUGUGACGGUGUCCAGGACCGGAGCUUUGACUCUCUGGGAUACGUGAAACGGUUGGUACCUACGCGAAGAAGUAUCACCAAAAAGCCAGAAGCCCGGGGCCUCCUUCCCCCACCAGCCUGUCCGAGAGUUCCGUGUUUUCAGAGCGCACCAAAGGACACAGCCGCCGCUCCGGGGAGAGCAAAUGAAAGGUCUGCGUCGGGCCCCGCUGGGAUGUGCACUUCGCUUUUCUUUCACCCCAAACCGGGCAGCGCCCUCUGAACGGUGUUUUCUAAACAGAGGCCCUUAUUCCUUGAAAACGAGAGUGUGACGAGGAGGACACCUAACCCGUCGCCGCCGGUGCUUGCUGCAGUCACCCUCGGGCUCACUGAGAGAUUCUCUUUCCCACCCCGCAUCUGCCUCCGGCUGAGCAGCACAUGCCGUCGCCAAAGUUUGAUCUUGGUGGCACAUCCUUGCUCCAAUGCAGCUGUAGGUGAAGUUUCAGGACAUCGCUGUCAAAAGAUGUGCUAAGGCUCCAUCCCCUGUCAGAGGUGCCUUUUAGGGAGUGUGGGGAGUGAGGAAUGCAGCAUCUCAUUGUACUGGGAUGGUUUUUCUGGAGUGAUUGAAGCCUCGUGCAGAGGUAGGCUGGAUGCACAGUCUUUUGUGCAACCUCGGCUGUCUCCAGUGUCCUGAUUUAAUCAUAGUCAGAUCAGGGAAUGACUCCUUUAGGGAAGUGUUGAGUUACAUAGUGAAGAAAAAGCUUAAUUUCAGAGAGCAGGAGUGAGAAGAAAUUCGGGGCAAGUGUUUUGUGAACCGGCUGAUCCCGUAGCAGGGUCAUCGCAGCAGACCACUGCGAGAGCCCCUCUGAGCAGCGCUCAGUUCCACGUGGCUCGCUGCGUGUACAGGAGGCGUCCCAGUGAGCACUGGGUCUGGCGUCAGCCACUUCUCAUCCUGGCUUUGGUCAUGUAACGACUGACGCUGUGAUCCCGGGUGACUCCUCGUCACUCUGGGCCUCAGGUCCUGCGAAACGCCGAGUGCGCACACCCAGGAGUGUCGUGUCACUGUGAACUCACCGUCUCUCCCUUGCCCACACCCCGCUCACGCUGGAAGGAAACAUCCAGAUAGGCCAAGACUCGAAAAAGAAGGAAACAGACCUGUGCGGCGACAACUUUAACCCUGCAAGUCCUGCAGCUCACUCUGGCUUCGAGGUUGUUUAUUAAAUUUCUUGGGAAGCUUCAUUAAAUCCACUAAGUCACGUGCAGAGGAACCCGAGGCUCUGAGAACCGGCUGCAUCGUGGGCCAGAUGUCAUCCGCACGCUCCCAUCAGCAGUUCAGUACGUCCAUUCAAACCAGGUGGCUUGUGAUUUUCUGAUGUGGUGGUUGCCUAAGUACCUUUUUAAAGGUAUGCAGGAAAAGCAGACCUUCACGAGAAGGUUUCGAGGUAGACGCUGGGAGCAGAGGCGUCCCGCCCUCCUGUUGCUUUUCUGCCAGGAUGACCUUGCGUUCCUCUCUUUGCCUGGAGUCUCGACAGUUCCCAGAAGGUUGUGGGAUGGGCUCGUUAGCUGCUUGCAUUUUCUGCAACAUUUUAAGGCGUGAUCGUCUGUAGGAUUUUGAAGACUUUGCUAAUGCUGACUUUUCUUAACAUUCCAUAACAGUGACCAAUGAAUAAUGGAAAACUAAUAUUUUGUGGUUGAGGUUCUUUUGUCUCCCCUGUAGCUGGUUUCUACGGUCAAGUGUUGAAGUUUGGGGAACGUGUCUGCCUGCGGACCCCACGUGGGCGGAGCGUGUCACGCACGGAAAUGUGCCUGGCAUUCGUGGCUGGCCUGGGUGGGUGGCCUCUCUCCUAAGUUCAACUUCUGACCUCUCCUCGGUUUCACACGCCUGCCUUCUCUGCCACGCGCUGUUGGCCUUAAAUGCUCAGCCCUGUGGAGUGAAACCCUGUCACACGGUUGGAAAGGGUGCCCAUUUCAAGGUCUCUGGCAUUUUCUCCGCACGGGCUCCUUCACGAUCCUUCACUGUGGCCUUUUCAAGCUGAGCUGUUUCUGUGGCGUCUGAGACGGGGAGAGGGAAUGUGAUGGCCCAGCAUGGCAUGUACUGUCGGCAGGAAUAUCACUUCUCUCGCCCUUUCUAGCAGUGGCGAGAGGAGGGGGUGCUGCAGCAGAGUGGGAAGAGCGUCCGGGGGUCCCUGGAGCCUGGCCAGAGCACGGAGGGCAGCCCAGACGGCACGCAGCCAUCUUUGCUGGAGAAAGACCCUCUUUGUCCUCCAACCCUGCAGUCUCACUCCAGCCUCCCUCCGCGUGGUCGCGGUCACUCGUCAGUACCGGCUCCGUGGGCGCCUGGCGAGGAGGAGGAGGCUGUGGCCCAGGCAGGAGAGGGCCCAGCGGGGCCGUCAUCACAGAGGUCACCACGAGCCAUCUCUCCCACCCUUGGGGAGAGCCGAGAGCCGUUUCAGGACCAAGGACGUGCUUUGCCUCCAACAGCAUCCUCCGGAUGUGGGUCUCCGGGCAUUUCCGGCAGAGCGUGUGUACCGCUUCCCAUGGGCAGUGGUUCUGCUACGGAAUUGCGAUGUGGUUUUCAUUUCUCUGUAGGAUGCCCCUCUCACCAGCUUCUGUCUGAAAGAUAGGGCCAAUUUUCCAGGAAUAUUUUGCUGUGUUAUCCUCGUUGCUUAUGGCAGGAAAACUGGAUUUGACACGUGUUACCCCAGCACCACUGCAGCCCCGAGCCAAAUAUGUCUUGGCCUAAACGCCAACAAGUGAUUCCCGGCCCCCCCAUCCCCUCCCUGGAUGGCACCGUUUCUUCCGUGUCUCUCUUUGAUCAUCUUUGGAACCAAAGCUCUCUCCUUGGUGCCCCUGGGCCUGUGUACUUCGUGCCGCGCUUUACCUCCCGGGACCUGCCCAGCAGGCACCCUGCGCUCUGUGCCGUGUGUGUGUGCCCUGAGCAACAGAAACGCCACCUCGACUUCAAUAACGAGAGCCCGUUGCUCAGCCUGCCCUAAAACUAACAGAGCUUCUUUUGCCCCAGCUCCUCGGCUGCGUUUAUACUGUGUUGUAAAAAUAUCCGGCCAGCAAGAAUACAAACGUAACAACCUAAAAAGAACAGGGUACUACUAAUAUUGCAGAACUUCUUUGCUUUUCAAACACAAAACACAGUUAACUUCACUGCAGAGCUCCCUAGCACAGAGAACUCCUCUGUCACCUUUCAAAUUGGAUUCAUUUGAUCAAAGUUUGAGUCACAUGCAGUAUUUGAGCUGUACAGCUACUAGGUCCCUCUGCCUUAUUUGAUCAUAUUUGAAAGAUUAAUUCCUGGCUUCGCUUUGAUUUGUUCCUCAGCAAAUUAAAAUGAUCCAGACCUUUAGCACUGCCACCUCUAACCCUUAUGAUAAUCUCUGGAGGGUUUAUUUUGAUCAGCCCUUUAAAGAUUGGUCUCAUUUCCCUAAUUUAUCUUACAGAAUUUUGAGUGUUGUGUUAGGUUCUGGGAUUUGCCUUCUAUCUUAUGCCAAACACUCCUUUCUGAGAGCUGUUCACCCUUUAGUUUUAGAAGCACUAGGAAUUUUCAUAGUUAAUUUUGUAGAACACCCAUCUGUAUUUAUUUCUGUACAUAGAACUAAAACACAAAACAGCAGUGUUAAAAUCUUCAUCAUGAUUUGAGCAUCAGUGCUGCUUUGGGGUUAAGAUGGUGAAUCUAGACUUCACUGACUCUAUUUUCUGUCUGUAGAAAGCUGUGAUCAAGCGUGCAAUCAUUUGAAAGGAAAAAUAGUACAUUAAGAUAUAUUUAGUUUUAAAGAAAGAAAUCGCUGGAGAGAUGUCCACACUGCCAUGUCUCUAUGGUGCAAUAAUUAAGUAGCAAGGGAAAGUGACAUUGGCAACUGUUAACAAUCUGAUGAUUCUCUUAUUCGUUUCUGUCCAAAAGUUUUCUGAAAAUACUGUACUCCCUUUAACUUAGUUGAAUUUCUAAGCUGAUUGAUUCUCAUAGCUUUUAUCACUGAGUGGUCUACAGAUACACAACACCUGAGAUGAUAGAAUGGAAUUGUACUAUUUUUGACCCACAUAAUUUACCUAAAAAUUGUAAUUGCUGCCAUAUAGUGCUGCCAUGGAUUUUGGUUCAAAGCUUCUCUAAAUUCAGAUGAUAAGUGAUAACUGAAAUAGUUUCCUGUGGUGAAGUCUUUCCAUGUUAGUGGUUUUGUUCAAUGACAAGGAUCCCGUCCCACUGAGCAUGUGGGUCACAUCACCUAACAAGGGCAGGGCAGUGCUUCGGGUGGCUGAAGAGAUACACUGAAGAAAAAGCAAAGUUCUAGGACAAUCAUUUGCUAAAAAUCACCUUAAGAUGGAAAAUUUGGGGCAAAUUUUUUAAACGACGGAAAAAAAUAAUCAUCUCACUUGUUCAGAACGGGAGCUAGCAUGAUAUCUAGAAGCAUAAACUACCCCUCGUCGUGAAUGUCGAAAGCCCUUUUACUGUUUUGCAUUCCAGUUUGAAUAGUUGGUAUUGAAAUUGGGUUCCUCUCUUGUGUAUGUUUUGGUGCAUAAAAGGGAAAAAUUGGUGUCUUUACUUUUGAAAUUUGCAGGACAGAGGGCAUGCUGUUAGUUUGCUGUAAGAUUGUAUUCUGUAUAUAUGUUUUCAUGUAAAUAAAUGAAAAUCUAUAUCAGAGUUAUAUUUUAAUUUUUAUUCUAAAUAAAAAAAAACCCUUUUUACUUGAAAAAAUAUUGUAAGCCACAUUGUUAAUAAAGUAAAAAUAAAUUCUA